AUGGGCCGCUGGACGCAGUAUGACGAGGACUCGUACCGCCUCCCCGCGGGCAUGAAGCGCGUUGGUUACGACUCUGACACCGGGAAGUACUAUUUCCGUGGGCUCGAUGGGUCGCUCUGGGAGGGUCCGGAAGGCGCAGAGUUUGGCGAGAUGAGGCGCGGUGAGUGCAUGGUCUUGACACAUACACACCAGCGCCCCGAAGACGAGGAGGCCGAUGUGGGCGUCCGUUCGGACGGGUACGCUCCCCUCGCGAUGGACUCGAACGGCUCCCUGCCGUCUGGGCAGAAGGGUCGUGCCAACAGCGCCUACCGCACUAUCUUGCCUUUCUUCCUCAUCAUCGCCGUCGUUCUUCUCCUCGUCAUCCGUCUCGUUGGUUCCGGCAAGUCCAUUGCUACCGUAGACUGUCCCACCAACACCCAGGUCUACAAGAUCUCCCGCGGAAAUACGUGCUGGAACUUAGCCGACGCGUGGGGCAUCACAGUUGACGAUGUCCUUCGUGUCAACGAAGGCCUCAACUGUGAUAAGCUUCUGCCAGGCCAGGCCAUCUGCCUUCCCGAGCGCAAGAAAACGCAGACUUAG